CUUGACGCAGCAUCCUGGACCACAGCACCCAGCAUCCAGAAGGUUUUGACAGGCCAGAGGGAAGUGACCAGCUGCAGGUUACACAAUAUUUCUUCAUUCUAGUUGAGGUGGAGUGUGGUGGUCAUCAUGGGAGAAUUAUUCAGGAGUGAGGAGAUGACCCUGGCGCAGCUCUUUCUCCAGUCAGAGGCAGCCUACUGCUGUGUCAGCGAGCUGGGAGAACUGGGCAUGGUCCAGUUUAGAGAUCUGAACCCAGAUGUAAACGUGUUCCAACGCAAGUUUGUGAACGAAGUGAGGAGAUGUGAGGAGAUGGACAGAAAACUGAGGUUUGUGGAGAAGGAGAUCAAAAAAGCCAAUAUCCCAACUGUGGACACUGGAGAAAAUCCAGAGGUGCCUUUUCCCAGGGACAUGAUCGAUCUAGAGGCCACCUUUGAGAAGCUGGAGAAUGAACUGAAGGAGAUCAACACUAACCAGGAAGCCCUGAAGAAGAACUUCCUGGAGCUGACAGAGCUCAAACACAUCCUCCGUCGAACACAGCAGUUCUUUGAUGAGAUGGAGGAUCCCAACCUGCUGGAGGAGUCAUCAGCCCUGAUGGAGGGCAGUGGGGGCCGCGGGGCCCCGCUCAGACUAGGGUUUGUGGCUGGAGUGAUUAGCAGGGAGAGGAUUCCCACCUUUGAGAGGAUGCUGUGGAGGGUGUGUCGUGGUAACGUCUUCUUAAGGAAGGCAGAAAUCGAGGACCCUCUGGAGGACCCAACCACGGGAGACCAAGUGCACAAAUCAGUAUUCAUCAUCUUCUUCCAAGGUGACCAGCUGAAGAACAGGGUGAAGAAGAUCUGCGAGGGGUUCCGUGCCUCUCUCUACCCGUGUCCAGAGACGCCACAGGAGAGGAAGGAGAUGCUGGCCGGAGUCAAUAGCCGCAUUGAUGACCUCCAGAUGGUUCUGAACCAAACCGAGGACCACCGUCAGCGAGUGCUGCAGGCUGCCUCCAAGACCAUGAGGGUGUGGUUCAUCAAGGUGAGGAAGAUGAAGGCCAUCUACCACACGCUCAACCUCUGUAACAUCGACGUCACACAGAAGUGUCUUAUUGCGGAGGUGUGGUGUCCCGUCUCGGACCUAGACUCCAUCCAGUUUGCUCUGCGCAGAGGGACGGAGAGGAGUGGCUCGACCGUGCCAUCCAUCCUCAACAGGAUGCAGACCAAGCAGACCCCACCUACCUUCAACAAGACCAACAAGUUCACAUCAGGCUUCCAGAACAUCGUUGAUGCCUAUGGCAUUGGGAACUACCGGGAGAUCAAUCCAGCUCCCUACACCAUCAUUACUUUCCCCUUCCUGUUUGCGGUGAUGUUUGGUGACAUGGGUCACGGUUUGCUGAUGACCUGUGCUGCCCUCUACCUGGUCAUCCGAGAGAGCCGCCUCCUCGCCCAGAAGAGUGACAAUGAGAUGUUUAACAUGGUGUUUGCUGGACGCUACAUCAUCCUCCUGAUGGGGAUCUUCUCCGUCUACACUGGAAUCAUUUACAACGACUGCUUCUCCAAGUCGCUCAACAUGUUCGGCUCAGGCUGGAGUGUCAGGCCCAUGUUUGGCCCCAAAGGAGCUAACUGGACAUUUGAGACACUUGAUGGAAAUGCAGUUCUGCAGUUAGACCCAGCUGUUCCUGGUGUGUUCAAUGGACCUUAUCCACUCGGAAUUGACCCGAUCUGGAAUGUUGCCACCAACAAGCUGACUUUCCUCAACUCAUUCAAGAUGAAGAUGUCUGUGAUCCUGGGUGUUAUCCAUAUGCUCUUUGGAGUGUCUCUCAGUCUCUUCAACCACCUAUACUUCAAGAAACCACUGAACAUCUUUCUGGGAUUCAUCCCGGAGAUCGUCUUCAUGUCCAGCCUGUUUGGAUACCUUGUCCUGUUGGUCUUCUACAAGUGGACAGCUUAUGACGCCUACACCUCCAAGGACGCCCCCAGCCUGCUCAUCCAUUUCAUCAACAUGUGUCUCUUCAACUACAAUGACCCCACCAACAAGCCCCUCUACAGGGGACAGAUGGGGAUCCAGGUUUUGUUGGUGCUGAUUGCCCUUGCAUGUGUACCCUGUAUGCUGAUUGUGAAAACUAUGGUGCUUCGGCGUCAGCACCUAUGGAAAAAGCACCUGUCCCAGAAGAGGGAAGAAACCCCUGCAGAGAAUCUAGAGCAGUCUUUAGAGCAAACAGGCGUGUCCUCAUCAUGCACCGGACUCACCCAACAGGGCACGCAGAAGUUCGGAGGUGUGCGGGUGGGUAACGGGCCCACGGAGGACGAGGCUGGCAUCAUGGACCACGACCAGCUCUCCCAGCACUCAGAGGAGGGAGAUGAGCAUUCAGAGGAAGAGCCGUUUGACUUUGGUGACGUAGCUGUCCACCAGGCCAUCCAUACCAUAGAGUACUGUCUGGGAUGCAUAUCCAACACGGCCUCUUACCUGCGCCUCUGGGCCCUCAGCCUGGCUCAUGCACAGUUGUCCGAGGUGCUCUGGUCCAUGGUGAUGCACCUGGGUCUGUCCUCCCGGAGUGGAGGCGGGUUCUUUGGCCUGUCCAUCAUCUUCUCGGCCUUCGCCACCCUCACUGUUGCCAUCCUGCUCGUCAUGGAGGGGCUGUCAGCCUUCCUGCAUGCCCUGCGUCUACACUGGGUGGAGUUCCAGAACAAGUUCUACUCUGGCCAGGGCUUCAAAUUUGUCCCCUUCUCGUUUGAGAGCAUCCUGGAGGGACGAUUUGACGAGUGAUCGGGCCCUGACACCCCCCCCCCCCAGCAUGAACCAGGAGAAUCCCCAGCCCUGCCUUCCCUCCUCAGUGCGUGCGUGUCUCUAUAUGAGCCCAUGUCCAGCCCUCUGUCACCCUCUAGUGGUAAUUUGUGAAACUGUAAUGUGUAAUAAGUGUCAUGUAAACCAUAAAGAGGCUUUGAAAAAGAGGCCAGUACACCAGAACCAACCUGUACCCAUACUGCUGUGGUCACCACUACUGUCAUAACACCUCCUGUUUGGUCAGUAUAUCCAGAAAUCAAACUAGAAUCAGUGUAUGGGAUUAAAAUGGAAGAGAACAGAGCUGUGAUUAAUGAGAUGAAGAGAUGGUGAUUGUUAGAUGAUUUGUGCAGUGAUCUUGUGCUCACUCUGUGUGAACUGUUGUAAACCAGUAACUGAACUGAUGUAUUCAGCCUGAAAUGUCUAAAAGUUCAUUGUGUGGAAUCACGUCCAGAUGCUUCAUAAAUUUGCAAAACAAUGUCACUCAUGAAAGAAUUCAGAUUUUUUUCAAAAAGGACAAAUUUAUUUCUCAACAUAUCUUAAAAUCUGAAAUCACAGUGUAUUUUUUAGUGUUGUUUGGCCAUGCAGUAUUUUCAACAAAUUACUCCUUCUAGAUAAACACCACACCCAUUAAUGGUUAAUAUUUAUUUUUUGUUGUUGAUGUUAUUUUUUGCCUGAGAAAAUAUAUUUUUUAAGUGUUGUUUGAAAUGUUCCAGUUCAUGUUGAUGCUACAAGGCUGAAACUAUAACUGAUGCUGGUCAGUGACUGGUGGCAUGGAAGGUCAUGUGUUUGUGGUCAGUAAUAAACUGAGACCUGGGGAUUCA